AUGGAUUUAUUACAUGCAGCUGACUGUGGUCGUUUAUCUAUAGUUAAAAAAUUAGUAUCCAAAGAUAAGUCUAUAAUUCAUACUUGUCGACAUACAGAUCAUCGUAAUCGAGCAUUUAAUACCGACUCAUCAGCUAUUCAUUAUGCUUGUCGAUCUGGUCAUUUAAAUGUUGUUAAAUAUUUAUUAGAACAAGACUCAACAAUUAUCAAUGAUCCAGAUAUUGAAUGUUGGACAUCAUUACAUUAUGCUUGCUAUAAUGGACAUAUAAAUAUAAUAAAAUUAUUAUUAAAAUAUAAUGCUGAUGUUAAUUUAAAAGAUAAUUAUUUAUUUCAAACACCUAUACAAUUUGCUAUGUAUAGACAAUUUGAAGAUAUUGUUCAUUUAUUAGACCCUAAUAUACAAUGGACACGUCGAAAUAUUAAUGAAAUAUCAACUAAAGGAACUACACCUGUAUUUCGAAAAAACUCAAAUUUAUUUCUUGGAAGAUAUAUUUUAAAUGAAAAUCAUAUUAAGGAAAUUGAAUUAUUUAGAAGUGGUGCACAACCAAAUGAUAUUGAAUUAAGAAAAAUUCAAGAUGUUGAAUUGUCGAAUCUUAAUGUUCGAAUAAUAUUUACACAUGAUUUUAAGAAACAUAUAAAUAAAACAAUAGAAUUAUCAUCAACUGAAGAUGAUGAUCCAUUUUUAAGAUCCUCAACAACAUCAACUAAUGAACAUAUUAUGGUUUUUGAUGAUGAAUAA